AUAACGUAGGGCGUGAGCAGAAACUGUGUCCCUUUCUUCAAACCAAAAACCCUAUGUUUCUCUCUGGCUAAAAACCCUAGAUACCAGUGAGAAAACUUUAACUAAACUAAACUAAUUGUAACCCUAAUCAGUAAGGAUGAAGACAGUCACCGGACGGGUCCUCUCCACAACCCCGAUAUCCCUCUCCAAAGCCGCCUCCAUUCUCUCCAAAUUCGUCAAUGCCGACACCAACGCCUCACCGGCGCUCUGCGCCUACCUUCGACGUGCUUCUGUUUCUUUUAAUGAGUUGUCUCAGCUUCACAAGGAACUGAAAUCCAAUCGCAAACACAAAAUUUCCAAGUCAGACAUUGUUGCGGAAGAGGAAAAGCCGACCCGAAGUGUCCUCUCUGAUCAACAACUGACUCAUCCCGAGUUGAGAGAAUCAAGUCACGGGCUCAGUAAUGGAUUAGAGAGCAAGAUAAAUAAGGAUAAGAAGAAGAAGGAGAGAGGUGAGUUAACAGUUAACGGGAGUGGAAUUGAAGUGGUCGAGGAGAAGACGAUGAAAAAGAAGAGAAAAAGCGGUGAGAUUGAGGAGGGAGAGGAAAUACAUUCAGAAGAAUCACCAAUUAAGAAGAAAAAGAAAAGAAAAACUGAGGAGCACAGUUAAAUUUGGUAAAUUUUGUUUUGGAGCAAAAUGUAGUGUGGCAGCUAAAUGGGUAAUUUUUUGGGAUUGCAGUUUCGCUUAAUGAUAAGGGAGAUGCUAGUCUUGUGUAGUUUUCAUCAUGAUAAUCGAAUUGCAAUGUGAUUUAUUAAUAUUUAAUCUGAUGUUAAUUUAAUUAUAUUAUUUGUUCUAUUGUUGUUGAUAUCUGCAAUUUGAAACUAUGUACGAGUUUUCUGUUUAUUAAUACAAAGAAUUUUUAGAAUAUAUU